UGAGCAGUCGGCCGUGUUCCACCUCGCAGUAGGUGGCUUGUGGUGCUGCCUGCUUGCGGAAGGCUGAGCUGAGGGUUCUGUGCCGGCGGUGGCUGCAGGAUGAAUGGUGCCGCCUGUCCCCUGUUUGACACCAAGGAGCGGGUUCUGAAACUCGGAGAGAGCUUCGAGAGGCAGCCCCGGAGCGGGUUCCACACCAUCCGAUAUGAUUUCAAGCCAGCCUCCAUUGAUACGUCUUGUGAAGGGGACCUGGAAGUUGGUAAAGGAGAACAGGUGACCAUUACACUACCUAAUCUGGAGGGAUCCACUACACCAGUCACUGUAUUUAAAGGGUCGAAGAGACCCUACCUGAGGGAAUGUAUACUUAUUGUAAAUCAUGACACUGGCGAGUGCCGGCUGGAGAAGCUGAGCAGUAAUAUCAGUGUUAAAAAGACCAGUCUCCCUCAUUUCAGAGCUGAAGGAAGCAGCAAGAUACAGUCCCGCAUUGAGCAGCAGCAACAACAGUUGCGAGUUGCAACAAAAACACCAACAAGUGGUAAAAACUCCUCCCCACUGGGAAAACUGUCGCCCACCUCCCCUAUGGAUGACAUUGAGAAGGAAUUGAUGGCGGAGGCCAGUGUCAUUGACCAAAUGAACAGCUCAGACAGUUCUUCUGAGUCAAAGAGCUCCUCUUCUAGCAGUGCCGACAGCUCCAGCGAAUCUGAAGAUGAGGGUAACAAAUCUUCUCACCCACCAUCCAUGCCACAACUGCACCAGUCCUCUUCCAGCAUUGAAAGUGGGCACAACAAGACUCAGGACAAUGGUGGCCAGCUGAUGAGUACACUGAGAAACGAUCUACAGUUGAGUGAAUCUGGCAGUGACAGCGACGACUAAGUCCUCGGGGGAUCUGUUAACGGUCUUGGUUUAUUUUCCACGUUCUAUUAAUUCAGUAUUUGUUUUGCACUAGAUCUUCUUAUUGACGGACUGAGGUGAAUGGUUUGCUAAACUAUUUGAUCUAUGAUCUGUGUAACAUAUCGAUGCAGUCAUUGCUCCUCUAUCCGCUGCCUUGAACAGUCACUGCCUCUUUCUUCUUGGAUUUUCAGGAUGACCAUGUUGCUAUAUUAAUGGAGGUUUUGUUUGUUUGUUUUUUGUUUUUUUUAUUUCUUUCAUCAAACGUUCUAAAGCAAUACAGUCUUAUCAGAAUAAAAUGCACAUCACAGUACAGUUGAUAUGCUGAGUCAUUCCAGUAAGGAAAGAUAUUGGUAUAUUUGGAGGAGAAUAAAGCAAAAUAAGUUUAAUCUAAGAAGUGUUUCUUUCUGUUGUGGAUGAAAAAAAUCUGUUUGUUUUCAAUCCAACUCAUGUAGACUUUCAGAACUGUACCGAGAUGAUAAUGUCUAUAAAUCUUUGUCAAUGGCUGGUACUAUUAAUGAUUUUAAGCCAAAAAUGCAUUCUAGGGAUUGUAGGUUGGAAGAGGAUGUUACUUACCAUUAUAGAACAAAACCUGCCCAGAUCACAUCCCCUAUGCUGGCAUUGACCUGGUGUAGUGUGUUCCUGUAUAAACAGAUGUCAAGUUUUAAAUGAUUAUAACUGAGCAGCUGUUGUUUAAGCAGCAAAAGAUUUAAGAUCUGGCCUAUCUGUGGCUACCUAUGAGAACUGAUACUGGUUAUUUGUUACAAGCACAGGGAUAUUAAUCAAAAUAAAUUAAUUGUAAAUUU